GAAGCCGCUGUCUCGGAAAACACCGGUCAGGCUGACUGUUGGCCCAACAGCGCCCGACAGAGAUUUCAAGGCCACGUCGAGCGAUUGAUGAGGGAGGAGCACGGGAACUGGCUGACGGAAAGAGAGAAAAAUAACAGCGGGCGCGCAUCUGUUGAAUGGUGCGUACCAUGGCCGGCUUGCCUCGACAUGGACAAUGAGGAACGCAGGCGGCGGAAGAUAUGGAGCCCAUCCAUCGAUUGGUUGCAAAGAAAUGCAGCCUUGUUAAUGCCUUAGGCUUAAAUGCCACGUCACUCGUUCGUCAUUGUGGCAUUUCGGAUUUGUAGGCAGGGAGUAGCCUGGCCGGUUUCGUGGUAGAUUUCGAGCAGCAUGCAAUGAGCCAGUAUCCAUAUCAUCAAGACUUUAUCCACAUCCCCGUAGUGGGGGGUGCUUCCCAACCUGCGAAUGUCUAUUUCACAGCGCCUCUGCCCCAUGAGCCCGUUGAGCGAUUCCAGUGGGAGCCCUCGGGCCUUCAAGCAAAGCCGACUAUUCUGUUCGGCCUGGCCCCUCUAGAUGGAGGGACCGAGGAGCUUCAACGCAACGCUCGUGCAUCGAUAGCAUGGGUGCAGCCAACGCCGGCAGCCGGGAUGACAUGGGACCUCGGCAUGCCAGCUGAGUGUGCUGCGCUGUGUGCGACGAUCGAAAGGGACCGCCGGUUCCGACAUGUCAGAAUGACCAAACAACCUGGCGUCUACCAGCUUGAACCAGGUGGUAUUAUUUGGGUGGAAUCGGGCUUUCUGGGACUUUGUGUUCUCUUGCAAGAGAGGGAUGCCAAUGUCCAACUUGUGUCCUACAAGAAGCAGUCUUUGUGCAAUUGCAUCUGGCCAGUAGGUCACAUCUUGUACCUCACUGCAACGGGGAUCCAGUCGGAGCAGCGGAUCAAACUUGCACUUCUAUUAUUCAAGGUAGAGCCCUACCAGCUAUAGAUCCUUCAUUGUUCCUGCAGCGCAGAACAGGCCGCUGCGCCAUUCCAAGAGAUCAUCUUCUCGGAGCGCACCGCGGCGUGGCUGACUGCGCACUCCGAGAAGACGCUCAAUGUCUUCAAGCUCCAAGUGUCCUUGUGAGCCCGUGACUGCAAAGGCUCUCAUGGCCGCUUCCUCUCUC